CCGCGCAGCCUCGUCCCCCCGGGCAGCCCCGGGCCCCUGCCCUAUGUCCCGCAAAGCGAGCGAGAAUGUGGAGUACACGCUGCGGAGCCUGAGCAGCCUGAUGGGCGAGCGGCGCAGGAAGCAGCAGGAGCCGGACGCGGCGAGCGCGGCUGGGGAGCGCAGCCUGCUGGCGGCCGCCGAGUCCACCAGCAGCCUGCAGAGCGGCGCGGGCGCGGGCGGCAGCGUCGGGGACCUGGAGCGCGCGGCGCGGCGGCAGUUCCAGCAGGACGAGACCCCCGCCUUCGUCUACGUGGUGGCCGUCUUCUCGGCGCUCGGCGGCUUCCUGUUCGGCUAUGACACCGGGGUGGUGUCAGGGGCCAUGCUGCUGCUCAAGCGACAGCUCAGCCUGGACGCGCUGUGGCAGGAGCUGCUCGUGUCCAGCACGGUGGGGGCGGCCGCCGUCUCGGCGCUGGCCGGGGGGGUCCUCAACGGCGUCUUCGGCCGCCGUGCCGCCAUCCUCCUGGCCAGUGCCCUCUUCACCGCCGGCUCCGCGGUGCUGGCCGCGGCCAACAACAAGGAGACGCUGCUCGCCGGUCGCCUGGUCGUGGGACUCGGCAUCGGCAUUGCUUCUAUGACGGUACCAGUGUACAUCGCUGAAGUUUCACCCCCCAAUUUGAGAGGCAGAUUAGUCACCAUUAAUACGCUCUUUAUCACUGGAGGACAGUUCUUUGCAAGUGUUGUUGAUGGAGCCUUCAGUUAUCUACAAAAGGAUGGAUGGAGGUAUAUGUUGGGUCUUGCGGCAAUCCCAGCUGUUAUACAGUUUUUUGGCUUUCUGUUUCUACCUGAAAGCCCUCGCUGGCUUAUUCAGAAAGGGCAAACUCAGAAAGCCCGUCGAAUUUUAUCUCAGAUGCGUGGUAACCAGACCAUUGAUGAGGAAUAUGACAGCAUCAAAAACAACAUUGAAGAAGAGGAAAAAGAGAUUGGCUCAGCUGGACCUGUGAUCUGCAGAAUGCUGAGUUAUCCCCCAACUCGCCGAGCUUUAAUUGUGGGUUGUGGCCUACAAAUGUUCCAACAGCUCUCAGGCAUUAACACCAUCAUGUACUACAGUGCAACUAUUCUGCAGAUGUCUGGUGUUGAAGAUGAUAGACUUGCAAUAUGGUUGGCUUCUAUUACAGCCUUCACAAAUUUCAUUUUCACACUCGUGGGAGUCUGGCUUGUUGAGAGAGUGGGUCGCAGAAUGCUUACCCUGGGUAGUUUAGCAGGUACCACCGUCGCCCUUAUUAUUCUUGCUUUGGGAUUUCUGCUAUCAGCCCAGGUUUCCCCACUCAUCACUUUUAAGCCAGUAGCUCCUUCAGGUCAGAACACUUCUUGUACAAGAUACAGUUACUGUAAUGAAUGUAUGUUGGAUCCUAACUGUGGUUUCUGCUACAAGAUGAACAAAUCAACUGUUAUCGACUCCUCUUGUGUUCCGGUUAAUAAAGCAUCGACAAAUGAGGCAGCAUGGGGAAGGUGUGGAAAUGAAACCAAAUUCAAAACGGAAGAAGUCUUUUGGGCUUACAAUUUCUGCCCUACUCCAUACUCGUGGACUGCACUUCUAGGCCUUAUCUUGUAUCUUGUUUUCUUUGCACCUGGAAUGGGGCCAAUGCCUUGGACUGUGAAUUCUGAAAUAUAUCCUCUGUGGGCGAGAAGUACAGGAAAUGCAUGCUCAUCUGGGAUAAACUGGAUUUUCAAUGUUCUGGUUUCCCUGACAUUUUUACACACAGCUGAGUAUCUUACAUACUAUGGAGCCUUCUUCCUAUAUGCCGGAUUUGCUGCUGUUGGACUACUUUUCAUCUAUGGCUGUCUUCCUGAGACCAAAGGGAAAAAAUUAGAAGAAAUUGAAUCCCUCUUUGACAACAGACUAUGUACGUGUGGCACCUCAGAUUCUGAUGAAGGGAGAUAUAUUGAAUAUAUUCGGGUAAAAGGAAGUAACUAUCAUCUUUCUGACAAUGAUGCUUCUGAUGUGGAAUAACGUUCAGCUCCUGAUAUAUUUAGUAUUUAAACAAACUUGGGGGAGAAGUGCAGCAAUUGGUAACCUCACUGCCCUGCUUAUAAUCUGGCUCAUUCCACAGUGUAGUUUUGAAUGAUUCAUAUUCUAGAAUAUUUGAUUAGGCGGAGGAUACAAUCGUGAUAAAAUUUUUCCUACAAGCAGAUAUGUAAAAAAAUAUAUUUCUAGAGAUUUUAAUCUAAUAAUUCUUGAACCACUGUGUUCCUUCCUGAGAUAGUCUAAAAUCAAUAUUGUACUCAGUGACUUCAGUGGUAUCCUUUUUACCUAAGAUAAUAUUACAAUUAUUAGUGGCAACAGAGUCAGCACUAAACUAGAAGAAUUCUUUUAAGUGUGACAUACUGAUAACGAAGUAUUCUUGGAUAUGGUGCAAAAUAUAUAGCCUGUGGUUCCUUAUCUAUGAACAGCUAUAGAAAGUAAAUCCAUUUAAGUUUUUGUCAUUAAAAAAUACCA